AUGGAACGAUACAGCCGUCGCUCAGCGGGUCUCGCGCGCCCGCUAUCCCGUAAUAACAACAGAAAAUUUUACGCUCCGGGACAAUGCGAUAUAAAAUUAUCUGUUAGAUCCAAUAAUCGCACGGAACGGCCGGGACUUAAUGCCGGCCAAUCAUUAGCUACGAGGGAUAACGGAGCCGACGGCCACUAUAGCCCAUUAACGUCGCAAGAGAAGUACGCUCGACGAUGCCCCGUGACCAAACGUCAAUGCAACCUCCGUAUGUUUGCAAUGCAUUCCGCGGACUUAUCCCCGGGCGGUGGUGAUCCAAUGACUGACAAAGAAAUGACUUCAUUGUAA